GACAUUAUUUAAUAUAACCUCCGUUUCUUGUAUAACAAUAUAGUAUUCCAAAUCCAAUCACUUUUAAUAUAUUAACAGAAAAAUGAUGUUUAGUAUACGCCUUCGUCUCGGGCACAUUUGGAGUCUGGAUCUAGUUUCAUGCAGCCAAUGCGUGUUAUAAAAAGGUGUAUUCUAUGUUGUAAAAUUUGAACAGUACAGGAGAUUUGCUCAUGUAGGACUGACAAGGGGCUAUGAAUAAUCCAGACCUUGAAAACAACAACAAUAAUGACGGUCGGCGUAAUAACAACCAGGGACGAGGAGGACCACAGAAUCCGCUGGUGAAUGUACGUGAUAGACUUUUCCAUGCCCUGUUCUACAGGAUAGCGCUGACUUAUGCCAGAACCUUCCCAAAACCUGUUAGAAGAAUUCUGGAAUUUGCUGUACUUUUGAAGGCUUUGUGUGUUCUGGCCAUCUUGGCAUACAUACACAUCGUGUUUGCAAGGACACCUAUCAACUGUCUAUCAAGCAUUCAGAAGACUUGGCCCAGACACGGAAUACUGCGUGUUGAAAUCGUACAAAAUGCGUCCGAGAACUACAGCCUUAUCAACUCUUAUGAAAAAGAGUACUCUGAUUUUAGUGUACACGUGUUCAAUGACCAUGCACAGGAAGAGCAAGAAACAGAGGACGGUGAAACUGCUGAAACAGUAACGGAAGAUAUCUACCCCAGUAAUGGGCACUAUACAAAUUCUUCUAUUAUAGAAGGAGGAAAUGAGACUAUAGUAGAAAUCAUUGAUACAGGGGAGGUAAAUAAGGAGUCAGUUCCUAUGGAGGAUCCAGGUGGAGAUGUGAAAGGGGAAACAGAGGCAGAGAGUCCUGAUGUGGAGGUGGAGGAACCUGAUGAAAAUGUCACAAAAAUUAGUCAGAACUCCAAUUCUGUUAGUGACACAGGCUACGAAACCUUUACAGAAUCCUACCCUCUAUCAGAAAUAGAAAUGCUAGCUAAAGUGGUGUGGCCAGAAGAGAAAUACAUUGUGGAAUAUGCAUUGGAGUAUGGAUUCUUGAGGCUAUCUCCUAAAACAAGGCAGAGAUUAAAUAUAACAGUCAUGCUUGUCACAUUGGAUCCCAUUAAGGACGAGUGUUUCGGUGACAGCAUCAGUCGGUUUUUGCUAGAUGAGUUCCUGGGGUACGAUGACAUACUAAUGUCAAGUAUAAAACAGUUAGCAGAGCACGAAGACAACAAAGGUUACUUAAGGAAUGUUGUGACAGGGGAACACUACCGUUUCGUCAGUAUGUGGAUGGCCAGGAGCUCUUACCUGGCAGCAGCAUUCAUCAUGCUAGUAUUUACAUUAUCAGUUUCAACUUUACUGAGAUAUUCUCAUCAUCAGAUUUUCAUUUUCAUAGUUGAUUUACUACAAAUGCUGGAGAUGAAUGUCACUGUUGCAUUCCCAGCUGCUCCUCUUCUGACUGUUAUAUUAGCCCUUGUUGGUAUGGAGGCCAUUAUGUCAGAGUUCUUUAAUGACACGACUACUGCAUUUUACAUCAUCCUGAUUGUGUGGAUAGCUGAUCAAUAUGAUGCAAUAUGCUGUCACACCGACAUCAGUAAACGACACUGGUUAAGAUUUUUUUAUCUUUAUCAUUUUGCAUUCUAUGCCUACCACUAUCGCUUUAAUGGGCAGUACAGUGGCCUAGCAUUAUUUACCUCCUGGCUGUUUAUACAGCACUCCAUGAUCUACUUUUUCCACCACUAUGAACUGCCAGCAAUUCUUCAGCAAGCACGGAUACAGCAAAUUGUCAACCAAAAUCAGCAACAGACUAACACUAAUCCCGACCCUGGGGCAGCUCCUAAUGUUGAACAGACUGGGGAGCCGGUCACUCCCAAUGGACAGGUACCGGGGGCCAAUGAUGAUGCCCAUCAACCAUCGCCGCUUUCCUCCGAGACUAACAGCACUCCUGGUUCCAUGUAUCAGUCAACUAAUCAGACAUCAGAACAGGAAAUUAGCAACAGCCUAUCAGAUAUGUCAGCUGAACAGUCGCCAUCUGCGAGCAGCCAGUUGGAGACAGGAAAUAAUUCAAAUAAUUCAGAUGAUACGGGUCAAGUUUAUGCAAGUAGCAAUUCAGAAAAUAAUGAUAAUAUGGUUAAUAUAGGCAAUGAUAUUAAUCACAGACCUCUGGACAGAAAAAGUCCAUCCACCUUGUUAGGUGAAACAAGUGGUGCUUCUAGUAGUGUUCCUACACAAGACACUGGUAGUCACAUACCGGACAGUAAAGCAGGAGCUGCUAGCCAUUCUGUAUCUCCCACGUCAAAGGGAGAUAACCCACCUUCAUUUCAACAACAAUGUGAUAAUGCUAAGUCUGGACUUCCUUCAUCAAACUUAGAACAUACUCAAGUAGGUUCUGAAAUAUUAAAUACAAACAAUUCAUGUAACAGUCUUCAGACCCAAGAUUCUGCCGUGGAAGGUGGGGCCACAGGUUGAGGAUAUUUCUUGUGUGUGAUGUUGAUGCUUCAUUCAAGAAACUUCUAAUCAUGCUUUUUAGAUAAAUAUUCAUCCAAGAUGCCUGUUUCUAUGAAAUAAUGUUUUGGAAGAACAGUCUUUCCAUUGUUACUAUGACAGCAGGGCUGUUGUAUUAUGUAAGAUUUUUUUUUAAUUUUUUUUUUUAUGUGAAAAGUACAUUUAUCUGACAAAUAUUCCACAUGCAUGAUUGGUUUGUAAGUGAGUGAUUCAGGGUUAUACAAUGGUAAUGUUGUUGUGCAAUUAACUUGCAAAAGAGUUUAAUACAACAGUGUUUUAGUAAAGAAAAAUAAAUGAAAUACGAUAGAAUGUAUAUAUUUUAGUGGGUUCAUUAGAUUUUCAUAAAGACUAAGUAUCAGAUGAAUUCAGAUUUUAGUAAUCUGUACACUGCUAAAUACAACUAAUUUUGGUAUUAAAGAACUUAUGUAAUUUCAGGUUAAAAUUAAAAACAUACAAGCUGGAAAAGUGUAUUCAGCUAUUGUUGGUUUCAGUCAUCUGAAACUUUCUCAUUCAAUUAAAUUUGAGAUUUUGAGUCCACUGUUUCAAGAUUUACAAAUUUGAAGACAUUUCAUUAAGUCCUAUCUUAAAAUUGGACCUUUUAGAGUGUCUCUGAAAAAAAGGAAUAUUUAUGUAAGUGUAAGGUAGCUUACACCCUUGACUUCUGAUAAACACUGGGUGGAUACUAAAGUUUGUCAUAGUAACAUAGCAUACACCCUUAACUUCUGAUAAACACGGGGUGGAUACUAAAGUUUGUCACAGUAACAUAGCAUACACCCUUAACUUCCGAUAAACACUGGGUAGAUACUGAAGUUUGGCACAGUAACAUAGCAUACAACCUUAACUUCUGAUAAACACUGGGUGGAUUCUAAAGUUUGUCACAGUAACAUAGCAUACACCCUUAACUUCUGAUAAACACGGGGUGGAUACUAAAGUUUGUCACAGUAACAUAGCAUACACCCUUAACUUCCGAUAAACACUGGGUAGAUACUGAAGUUUGUGAUAGUAACAUAGCAUACACCCUUAACUUCUGAUAAACACGGGGUGGAUACUAAAGUUUGUCACAGUAACAUAGCAUACACCCUUAACUUCCGAUAAACACUGGGUAGAUACUGAAGUUUGUCAUAGGAACAUAGCAUACACCCUUAACUUCUGAUAAGCACUGGGUGGAUUCUAAAGUUUGUCACAGUAACAUAGCAUACACCCUUAACUUCCGAUAAACACUGGGUAGAUACUGAAGUUUGGCACAGUAACAUAGCAUACAACCUUAACUUCUGAUAAACACUGGGGGGAUACUAAAGUUUGUCAUAGUAACAUAGCAUACGCCCUUAACUUCUGAUAAACACUGGGUGGAUUCUAAAGUUUGUCACAGUAACAUAGCAUACACCCUUAACUUCUGAUAAGCACUGGGUGGAUUCUAAAGUUUGUCACAGUAACAUAGCAUACACCCUUAACUUCUGAUAAACACUGGGUGUAUACUAAAGUUUGUCACAGUAACAUAGCAUACACCCUUAACUUCUGAUAAGCACUGGGUGGAUUCUAAAGUUUGUCACAGUAACAUAGCAUACACC